GCGGCACAGCGACCUUUCGAACGAUGGGCCAGGCGGGCAGCACGGAUGGCGGCCCGAUGGGCGCCAUGGAGGCGCUGCAGCAGCAGCUGGACCGGCUGGAGCAGAACCUGACGUCCCUGGAGGAGGACUACGCCGAGCGCGUCGCCGGCGAGCUGCUCGACGGCAGCAAGGAGCCGUCGGGCGACCUCUACCUCUGCGGCGCGCGGCUCAAGUGCGACGGCGCCGUGCGCGUCGUGACGGGCCCCGUCGUGGGCCUCGUCGGGUCGACGACGGCGCGCAUCCUCCUCGAGGUCGACGCCGACGCGGAGGUCGCCUUCGCCGCGUGCCUCGUCGACAAGAACUGCCCCGGCGGCCGCGAGACGCGGCGCGGCGCGGCGACCCUCAAGGCGAACCGGCCGGGCGUCUGCGAGCUGACGGGCCUGACGCCCGACUCGCGCUUCGUCGUCGUCCUCGGCAACGUCCACCGGUCCGACGCCGUCGAGCGGCUCUGCGAGUUCUGCACGUACGAGCGCGCCGGCAAGCGCGAGGAGGCGCGGGCGCGGUUCAUCGCCGUCGCCCACGACCGGCCCACGGCCGUGCGGCCCGGCGAGUACAACCGCUGGGAGACCAUCGUCGAGCGCGUGUCCAUGCGCCAGCUGCCGCCCGUGAACGUCAUGGUCCACGUCGGCGGCCAGGUCGAGAUGCGCCGCUUCUUCGAGGAGGCGUGGGUCAUGCUCAAGCGCGGCGUCGAGCAGCGGUCGCUGGCGGCGGCCCUGAGCGGGGCGACGGAGCCCUGGCACGAGCUCGAGAAGCGCGCCUGCGACCGCCUGCGCGACGGCUACCGCUUCGCGUGGAACCUGCCCGGGAAGCGCGACGUGCUCUCGCACUGCCCGCACCUCAUGCUCUGCGGCGAGGGCGACGUCUACCCGCGCUUCACGGACGCGCUGGAGCUGAGCCCGGGCGUCGGCGGCGAGGUCGCGUCUACCAUGCUGCGCCUCGCGCGGCGCGUCUUCUGGGAGUACCAGCGCCAGCUCUGGGACUCGCGCGUGCCCGCGCUCGUGGCGCGCGAGGAGGGCUUCGGCGAGCGGCGCGCGGCCGUCGCCAAGGCCCAGCUCGUCGCCGCGCGCGCCGCCGCGACCCUCAAGGCCGCGAACGUCGACCUCGAGGUCUACCGGAAGCGCGCGCUCCAGUCGGAGGAGGGCGCGUCGUCGACGGCGGAGCAGACGCUCGUCUUCCGCUGCACGGAGCUCGAGGCCGAGGUGCGCGGGGCCGACGCCGACGUGGACAAGGCCGUGGAGGAGCUGAAGUUCUACGCGGAGAACGACGAGACGCCCGGCGGCUCGGAGCAGGAAUCGAGCCUCCACGUGCUCGGGGGCGUCGCGGUCGCGGUGCUGCUGCUGGACACGCGGUGGUCCCAGGUCACGCCCGAGGGCGCCCAGCUGCCGACGGCGCCCCUCGUGCCGUCGAGCGCCUGGGCCCAGCUCGAGAACCUGCUCCUCUUCGACGCGGCGUCGCGCGACUGCACGGCGCUGCUCGUCGCCGUCGAGGAGCCGCCGCUGAACCCGUACACGCCCGUGGCCAAGGACCCGGCGAAGCGCAAGAAGCUCGAGGACGACGUCGAGGACUUCGCCGCGCGCUGGUCGAAGAACGAGGCGGACCAGAAGAAGUUCAUGGGCCUGCUGCUCAAGUGGCUCCACGUGUCGAAGCAGCGGUGCAUGUACGUGCUCGCGGGCGGCGACCAGCCCGGCGGCGUCGAGACCUACGUCGAGGAGACGACGGGCACGCAGGCCGAGUUCCGCCAGAUGAUCGUCGGGUCCAUCACGGGCGCCCAGCCCGCCGCGGAGCGCGCGUCGGCCGCGCCGCUGCUCCUCGACGCGGGCGCGCUCAAGCUCGACGAGGCCAAGGAGCACCUCGCCUUCGAGCACGAGCGCCUCGUCCCCGCGGACCACUGCGCCUACGUCGAGGGCCUCGUGGUCAUGCCGAACACGGGCGUGGACCCCGUGCGCAUCCAGGCCGAGUCGCAGUCGCUCUUCUACGGCGGCGUGCGGUGCCUGCUCGGCCCCGUGAUCGGCCGCGUCAACGACCGGUCGGCGAUCAUUUUGUGCGAGGUCGAGUACCCGGCGCCCAUCGCCUGCGUCGUCACGGAGUCGCUCACGGGCAGGGUCCACAAGCAGAUCGUCUACCUCGCGGGGAAGCGCGUCCACGCGUUCCGCUUCGACGACCUCGAGGCGGCGCGCUACUACGCGGUCCACUUCGACGGCAUCGAGGACCCCAAGUACCGCACGGGCUCCUUCACGACGCCCGCGCGCAUCAACGACCCGGCGCAGGCCGAGGAGACGACGAGCGAGGAGGGGUCGAAGUACGGCGGCGCGCAGGUCGGCGACGGCGGCGGUUCUUUGCGCACGCCCUGGCAGCGCAAGUUCCGCGUCAUGGCCCUGGCCCGCGACGCGCCCUACCCGGACCACGAGAACUGCGUCCUGGCGCCGCCGGAGCCGCCGCCGGACGAGGGCGCGGUGUUCACGCGCGCGGCGAAGAAGAAGGCGAAGCGCAAGGCCGACUUCCAGAAGGCCGCGAUCUACGGCGCGCAGCUCAUGGAGUGCGCCAAGGAGCUGAGCGACGCGCCCUGGCCCGGCGUCGACCUCCACGUGCACCUCGGGGGCCAGGUCGACAUGGACAUGGUGCUGGGCGACGCCGUCGCGGUGCUCGCGCGCGCGGAGAUGGCCCACGUCCGCGGCGACCCCGUGCAGGCCGGCCGCCUCGAGGACGCGGCGCUCGACCGGCUCCGGGACGGCUACCGCACGCACUGGAACCUGCCGGGCACGCGCGAGAUGCUCGCGCGGGGCUCGCACGUCAUGCUCCGCGGCGACAAGGACUUUGGGACGCUGCUCAUGCGCGAGGGGUCGCCGAUCACGAGCUUGGAGCGGGGCAUGAUGGUCGGGUCCAUCCAGUGCUCCGAGGAGCUCCGGAGCGGCUACGUCUACCGCGCGGCGCGGCGCCUCACGCAGCGCGUCUACCGCGAGUACCAGCGCCAGCUCUGGGACCCGCUGCCGAACUGCGCGGCGGCGGCCGUGAGCGCCGCGGAGCGGCACCUGGACAACGGGAGCCUCCGGGACGUGGGGCUCGACCACCCCUGGGGGUCGACGCCGGGCGUGCCCGAGGGCCACGCGACGGGCUGCUCGUCCGUGAGCAGCCACGGCGAGUGGUUCUUCGAGACGUUCUGCGGCGGCGUCGUCGGCCUCUUCGCGCUCGACACGAAGCGCGAGCCGGCGCACCAGCGGCUCUGGGGCGGGAACCGGGCCCUGGGCAAGGGCGGCACGUCCUGGCCGCCCAUGGAGGUGCCGCUCGUCGGCGACGACCAGUGGGACGCGCUCGAGGAAGCUCUGAACACGGAGGGCCUGCGGGCGCUCUACGUGGCGUCGGACUGCCCCUUCUUGGACAACAGCAUCAACGACGCCAAGUACAAGAUGACGCAGCCGGAGCAGCGCGACGUCUGCCACACGUGGCCCGCGCACGGCGGCGACCUGCUCAGGCUGCUGGGCCUGCUCGAGGACUGGGAGGCCGAGGCCUACGAGCGGCGCGUCUUCUUCCUGGCGGGCGGCGCGACCUGCGGCCUGGACACGGAGCUCAUCUCGAAGCGCCUGUCGAACGCCGCGGACGACGCGACGGCUGCGGCGCUGCGCGAGGCCAAGGAGAGGGAGGACGCGGAGGCGAAGGAGAAGGAGGAGGCCGCCAAGGUCGAGACCGAGGAGGAGAAGAAGCGCAAGGAGCGCGAGAAGAAGAAGGCCGAGCGGGGCGGCGCCUUCGCGAAGAUGCGCGCCAAGGCCGCGGGCGCGUACCUGUGCGCGUACAAGGGCGUGAAAGCGACCGCGAGCGACGGCGCGCGCGUGAGCAACGCGGCCAAGGCGAUGAAGCAGGACGCGGGCGGCGCCGUGGGCCCGCGGAAGCUCAAGCUCUGGCAGAGCGGCCCCAUCACGGCCGAGGCGUCGCCGCCGACCUUCGAGCUCCAGGGCGGCCUGGGGCGGGACUACGCGUACGCGCACGCGGCGACGAGGGAGCAGUGCGUCGCGACGUGCACCGCGGCCUGGUCCGAGUUCGAGACCAUGUUCACGACGCACGUCAUCACGCCGGGCGUCGAGCCGGGCAGGCCCGGGCGGGGCGUCCUGCCGAAACCGCGGCGGCCCGAGUGGCUCAAGCAGCUGCUCGUGUUCCCCGACGAGGCGCUCUUCGACGGCGAGAAGGACGCCGUGCUCCAGCAGUACCUGGACACGGAGCUCGUGAAGCGCGACCUCAUGCACAUGUUCGACAUGGUCGGGCCGGGCCACGGCGAGCGCGAGGCCGCGGGCGCCUACGCGGCCGCGCUCUACCCCGUGCUGUCGCUCUACUACCGCGAGCACGCGCCGUCGCAGAUCCGCGACCUCGCGCCGCUGCCCUCGACGCUCCUCAUCGAGGUCGUCGGCCACCGCUGGAACUCCGAGGGCCUGUCGGACUCGACGGUCAUGACGACGCUCCCCUUCCUCAGCCCGGAGACGUUCGCGGUCUUCGUGGGCCACUGCCUCCAGUUCGCGAACAUGGUCCGCGGCCGCGUGCUCGAGGCCGUCGCGGAGAAGAAGGACGACGAGGGCAAGGAGGAGGACGACCCCUUCGGGCUCGGCAUGUUCAGCGCCUUCGCGUCGUCGUGGGCGCCCGACGACGACGACCCCUUCGCGUCGCCGGCGCCCGGCGGCGUCGGCGACCGCGCGCCGGCCUGGGAGCCCGACGCCGCGGCGGCGUGCUGCCGCGGGCCGGCCUGCGGCGUCGCGUUCGACACGAUGGAGCGGCGGCACCACUGCCGCGGCUGCGGCCUCGUGUUCUGCGGCGGGUGCACCGAGGGCGUCGCGCUCAUGCCGCCGGCGUGGCGCGAGCGGGACCCGCAGCGCGUCUGCGACGCGUGCCAGGUGCGCCUCGCGCCGUACCAGCACGCGUGGGCCGAGUCCCGGAGCAACGCGACGCGGAGCAACGCCGUCGCGGACGCGAGCGACUCGUUCACGCGCUACUGCAACAGCCCGCUGCGGUUCACGCUCGGCGGCGAGGUCCGGAAGGCGGCCUACACGCUCCAGAACCUCUUCGACGGCGUCAACUUCUGGGAGCGCGACGCCGAGUACUUCGACCAGAACGUCGCGCACGCGGACGCGCUCCUCUUCGUGACGCUGGCCAAGGUCGCGUUCAUCGGCGGCGUCACGGGCGGCACGGGCCUGCUGGUCGCGCGGCUGCACGACGGCUCCUGGUCCGCGCCCUGCGCCGUGAGCUCCUACGGCUUCGCGUUCGGGGCCGUCGUCGGCGCGGAGAUCACGGACGUCGUCACGCCGCUGGACCGCGACGCGCUGGGCCAGUUCAUGGACCCGAGCGCGUCGAAGCUGAGCCUCGGGGCGUCCGUGAGCUUCGCCUUCGGGCCCCUGGGCCGGGCGGCCGACGGCGAGGCGCUCGUGUCGUCGGCGGGCGCCGCCUCCUCGACGACGUCGUACUCGCAGGCGCGCGGCUUCUACGGCGGCUUCACGGUCGAGGGCGCGCACGUCUACGUGCGCGACCGCGUGAACACGCGCUUCUACGGCGUGCCCCGGACGCCCGCGGAGAUCCUCUGCGGGACCGCGCCGCGGCCGCGCGCCGCGCGGCCGCUCUACGACGCGCUCGACCGCUACUACGCGGAGCGCGUCGACCGCUACCUCGACGACGUCUUCGAGCGGCGGACGACGCGGAGCUCGUCGCGCGACGCGCACAGCAUGACCUUCAACCCGCGCGCGACGAGCGACAACGGCGCGACCUUCGACCCGCGCGCGAGCCGCGAAGCGAGCUCGGGCGUCGCGCGCCUCGGCGCCGGCGCCGUCGGCGACUCGCUGUUGAGGCCGCGGGACCGCCCGUCGACGGACCUGUCGAAGUCCUUCCGCGAGGAGCUCGUGCUCGACGACGACGACGAGGACCCGUUCGCGCUGCCGGAGCCGCCGAGGCUCCCGAGUCCGCGACCGGACCCGGACGAGGAGCCUGACUGCAACGCGAUGGCGCGGCUCGCAGCCGUCGCGCUGUUGCUCGCGCUGCACGCGCGCGCCGGCGACGUCCUCGUCAAUCCCAUCGUGGGCCACGAGGUCCGGCUCGACGGCGGCAGCACGCCGACCCCCAAAACGAGCAACGCGACGGCGACAGCGCUGCCCGUCGUGCCGCCGGCCAUGCCGGAGAGCGUCCGGGCCUUCGUCUACCGGGAAUGGAGCGCGCUCGACGAGGGCAUCGACGACGUGCUGCGGCGCAUGGGCGCCAUGUCCGCGUUCGUCGAGUUCCCGCACGCGCGGAACACGUUUUUCAACCAUCUCAAGGGCACCUACGGCAUGCUCAUGGCCUGGAACCAGCCCGUGGCCGUGGCGCGCGCGGGCCUGGCGCACACGGCCUACUCGGGCGACCUCUUCGAGUUCUUCAUCUUCGACCCGACGGUCGACCGCGCGGAGAUGCGCGCCCUCGUCGGCGGACCCGCGGAGGCGCUCAUCUACGAGUUCGGCACGGUCGCGCGCCACGAGUUCGUCGGUCUGGGCCACAUGAUGAACAACCGCAGCCACCGGCUCGCGCGGCCGCUCGUCGGCGGGCUCGACGACCGCGUCGCGACGCGGUCGCGCGUCGAGGGCGCGAAGACGCUCAGCAACCGCGAGGUCGCGGAGCUCAUCGUCGUGUCCAUCGCCGACUACCUGGACCAGGGCGUGACGACGAACGGCUGGCGGGACCACCACCAGAUCGACCCGCUGGACACGCGCAUCUUCCCCGGGACGGUGGAACCGGACGUGUCGCUCUACUGGGCGGCCGCCGCGUGCAAGGCCGUGCGCGGCCACCUCGCGGUGAUCCCGCCCAUCUUCGACCGCUGCACGGCGGACAUCGCCUACGAGGACGAGGCCGCGGCGCGCGACAUGUACUGGCGCGUCGUCCAGGACUCGAACCGCAUCUCCGGCGACGCGGCGAUCACGAUGAUCGCCGCGGCCAUCGAGCUGCUGCCCUACGUGGGCGAGAUGCACGUCCUCCUCGCGCAGCUCCACUUCCGCGCGGGGCGCCACGGCGAGGCGCGGGACCACGCGGCCGUCGCGCUCGACCGCAUGUACGCCUUCGGCGGCACGUGGGACAAGCGGCUCACCUACGAGUCGUGGAUCGCCUUCGCGCGGCUCCUCUUCGCGCGGUCCACGGCGGCGCUCGACGCCGACUUCGACGGCGACACGCUGCCGCGCGCCGCGGGCGACCACAACGUCAACGACUUCGGCACGCAGCUCGUGUCCAUCCCGGAGCUCAUCUCGAAGUUGCCCUAGUUUUUGUGGAGCGAGCUUCUUCGACGACGACGACGACCUCCUUCGACAUCGACGACGACCUCCUUUCUUCGACGACGACGCACGAUCGACCGACCGCCGCGACUCUCCGCGACUUCCGCGACUUCGACGACCGACGCGCCCGCGAGGGCGCUUUCGAUCGACCCGCACGCACAGCCGCCCCGACGCGCGCCUGGAAGACGGCGCGUGGACCUUCUAAUAUCUGUCUA